AUGGCUACUGCAAGCAUUGAAAGGAGCUGGGAUAUUCAGAUUCCGUCCACAUCGGGAGGAUCCAUGUGUGGUUGGCUUUACACCUCCGAGUAUUUCGUCGCGUCAAAGCCGGGACCCGCAAUUGUUGUGGCUCAUGGACUUGGAGACCUCGAGGCCCUAGACACUGGAUCCAGCUCCAGCGCCCCCGGAGGAAUUAUUCUAGGCUCUUCCGACCAAUGGAGGACCUGGUAUAGCACCAUCAAGGUCACCACUAAGAGCCUUGGUGUGUGGAAGUAUCUGGAUCCAGAUGCUUCUAAUCCAGAGAAGAUCCCCCAGGAGCCCCGAGAAAUACACCCUGGCGACGCCCAGGAGGGAGCUCAGGAAAUAAAAGACCUGACAGAUGAUAAUUACAAGGUUUUUCAGCGCCUGUUUGCCCAUCAAGAUCGUCAAACCCUUCAGUUCAGGUGGAAACAACGAAAUUUGGACCGAAUUGGCCAGCAAAUCCGGCGGACUGUUGCUGCCAGCCACCAACACCUCGUCGCCGAUAUCGAGAAUCCCCGAACACUCCUUCAAUCCCUUUAG